AUGCGCUUUGCUGCCCUUGUCGCUCUCGCUGUCGUCGCGUCGACCGUCCCUGGUCUUGCUGCCCCUACUCCACACUCUCCCCGCUGGGUCGUUUCGUCGGCAGAUGCCAAUACGGCCGUCGAUACUCCAGUAUUCAAUGGUACCCUCCCGUUCCGCAUAGGAACGGUCAUCCUGAACGACCCCGUUCCUUCCAAACGUGACACCACCUCCGAUUUUGUUGAUGCCAUUGAAGCAUUGUUCAACGAACUCCCUGCUGCAAGGAAGCGCGACAUCACUGCAGACAUCACUGCCGCGCUCCAAACUCUCCUGGACGAAGCUGGCUCUGCGUUGAGCGAUGUUAAGAGAGAUUCAGCCUCCUCUGAUGUCGAAGAACGCGCCAUCAAGCUCCCAGAGAUUUCUUCCAGCGUCACGAGCGGGCUCAGGAACGCCGCGAACGUGGCUACCAUCGGCGGCGGUCUCGCAAACAUCUUCAAUGCGAUUGACGGCAUCUCUAGCACCAACAACACCAGGCGUCAAGCGGAAUCCUUGCCGGAAGAGCGCAGCUUCAAGAUUCCCACCUCGUUGAAGAACAUCGGGAAUAAUGCUAGCAUAGGAUUCGGUGCUGAUGCAAUCUUCAACGCCUUUAAUGGCACCAAGCGGGACUCGAUCCAAACCUCUGAUGGAGUUGAUGGAGCUGGAGCAGCACCCCAGUUCGAAGACCGCAGCUUCACACUCCCUUCCAGCAUCUUAUCGAAAAUCCCUAUUGCCGCUAGUGUGGGAGGUACUACUGCAUCACUGUUUUCUGCCUUUGAUGGAAGCAGCGACAGCAUGAAGCGCGACCUUGUCACCCCAGAGCUGCCUCCCAGCGCCGUUGAUGGCAGCCUUAGCAACGACCAAUCCCCCACUCCAUCGAUCCCCACAGCUCUUCUCGAAGACCGCAGUCUCACCUCCUUGUUGAAGAGCCUCGGGAAUGUUGCUAGCAUAGGAUUCAGUGCUGAUUCAAUCCUGAGCGCCGUCGAUGGCAGCAGCAACACCAAGCGAGACUUUGUCCAAACUCCUGAUGAAGUCGACAUCGUUUCUUUGGGUGGAGCAACACCCCAGUUCGAAGACCGCAGCUUGACUAUCCCUUCCAGCGCUGCAAGUAUCUUAUCGAAACUCGCUACUGCCGCUAGUGUGGGAGGCACUGCUGCAUCGCUGUUUUCCGCCUUUGAUGGGAGCAGCAACAGCAUGAGGCGCGACCUUGGCAUGGACUCAGGGACGCUACCAUGGCCAGAAGCGUGA